CUAACGGCUGGUCACUGCGGGGUAGUCGGCGCCCGGGCGGCGGAGGAAGGAGUCCGCCGGCAUCAUGGAAAGAUCCAAGGAGAACUGCAUUUCUGGGCCUAUUAAGGCUCCCCUGCUUGGUGAUGGCCCCAAGCGUGUCCCAGUGACACAGCAUCCCGUCUCUGUGAGCAGUGGCCAGGCUGAGCGUGUCCUGUGUCCUUCAAACUCCUCCCAGCGGGUCCCUGCGCAGGCGCAGCGGCUCGUGGCCACCCAGAAGCCUGUGCAGAAACUGAAGCAAGUUCCAACGCAGGCCACCCUUGCGCCUCGCCCUGUCUCCAAGCCGCCGAGUAGCACCCCGAAGAGUGAGGCACCCCAGCUGCCCCCGCCGCCGGCACCUGGAGCUAAUCCUGAAAAGGGACCGGCAUCAAGCCAGCAAAAUGAAAAAUCUAAAAAAAGGCAGUGGACCUUGGAUGAUUUUGACAUUGGUCGCCCACUGGGUAAAGGAAAGUUUGGUAAUGUUUAUUUGGCAAGAGAGAAAGAGAGCAAGUUUAUCUUAGCUCUGAAAGUGCUGUUUAAAGCCCAGCUGGAGAAGGCCGGGGUGGAACAUCAGCUCCGGAGGGAAGUGGAGAUCCAGUCACACCUGCGGCACCCCAACAUCCUACGGCUCUACGGCUACUUCCAAGACGCCACCCGCGUUUACCUGAUCCUGGAGUACGCGCCGCUGGGCACCGUCUACAGAGAGCUGCAAAGGCUGUCCCGGUUUGAUGAGCAGAGAGCUGCCACCUAUAUCACCGAAUUGGCAAAUGCCCUGUCCUACUGCCAUUCCAAGAGAGUUAUCCAUAGAGAUAUUAAACCGGAGAACCUGCUGCUUGGGUCAGCUGGAGAGCUGAAGAUUGCAGACUUCGGGUGGUCGGUACACGCCCCGUCCUCCAGGAGGACCACCCUGUGCGGCACGCUGGACUACCUGCCCCCCGAGAUGAUCGAAGGCUGCAUGCAUGACGAGAAGGUGGACCUCUGGAGCCUGGGAGUCCUGUGCUACGAGUUCUUGGUGGGGAAGCCUCCUUUUGAGGCCAACACGUACCAGGAGACCUACAGACGCAUAUCACGGGUUGAAUUCACAUUCCCCGACUUUGUGACUGAGGGAGCAAGGGACCUCAUUUCCAGACUGUUGAAGCACAGCCCCAGCCACAGGCCCACCCUGACGGAAGUUCUCGAGCACCCCUGGGUCACAGCCAAGUCAACAAAGCCCUCCAGCUGCCCAAACAAAGAGCCUGCUGGCAAGCAGUCAUAAUCCCACGGGGCGGAACGGUUGAGCCAGGGCUGCUGCGGAGCCCAUCUGCCAGGAACACGCUGUGACUCUCGUGCAGAGCAUGACGGGAAGCGCUGUGUCUGGACCAGCAGUACCACAGCCUCCUGCUCAGUGAGCUCUGCUUCAGGGUCAGAGUAGCCACAAGCGUGGUGCGACGGCUGCUGAUUUCCUGAUCAGGAGGCGAGUACUGACCACUCACCAGAACCUGCACUGCACAAGGUGACCUGUGGGAAACAAUUUGGUGUCUGCUUGUGGGGCAUGUGACCACAUGCCCCGACUUAAUUGGCUACAUGGCAAUCUUGCAAGUACCUGAGUGUGUGUGUAACUUAUUGGGUAGCCAAACCCGCUAAUGCUGUUGGAAUGAAUCUGUGAUUCUUUUAAGUGUUAAAAUAAAGACUCGAGACUCG